ACCAUUUAGUUCUAUUCAUUUUUUCGUCUUAGGAAACAUACUGAGAAACCAAUUUUUUCCAUUUUUAUCCCAUUUCCCUUGGCUCACCCAUAGUUCACAUAGUAUAUGCUAGGACCCUUUAAUAGCAUUCAUUUUGUAUAUAAAAUGAGAUAUUUUCUGUUUUUACAAGCUAUGUUACUUUGGGUAUUACAGGUUUCCCACUGCAGAGUGCACAUCAUGGCUUCAAGCUCCCGAUAAAGGAUGUUGCCAAGUGGAGCAGUUGUUUGAUCACAGCACUGCCCAAAUUAGGAAUUUGGUGAAACUGAGCUGUACCUAAUGUGAUAAAUUAUAUAAGUUUUUCUCAACUACAUCAGUAUCAACUGAUGCGGACAAAGAGACAGACAAGUCUUAUGGUGAGAUAUUUAACAUAAAUAACAAACCAACAGGUAAGUACAAACUGGCUAACAUUGGGAACAUGAUGAUGUCACCACCCAUGUAAGUCACAAACAAAUAGACAUAAAUAGACAUUGAAUACAGAGUUACUAACAAGUUCCAUGUAAACAUGAAGUCAACUGAUGAGGACAAAAAGCAGAGAAAAGUUGAGAUGCUACAAAUAAAUAACAAACCAACAGAUGGAUAGACAUAUUUUCUGAUGAAAUAACAGGGAGAAAUAGACAUAUUCUCUGACGUGUGAUAUACAUCAUAAAGCAAAAGAUUUGCAAAGACAGAUAGAAACAGACAUUGUAAAUAGAGAUGCAGACACUGUUGAAAUGGAAAUAGUAAAAACAGAGUCGCUACUUCUUGUAGAAAAUGGACUAUCAAAACAGCAACCGAUAGAUCAGCAAUAUAUCAAUGUUUACUGUAAUAGUUUUUCAGACUUAAAAUAUAACGAGCUGAAGAAUGAGUUGUCCGAAAACAGAGUAGAAAUAAAAGAUUUAUUUCUCACACAUGUCGACGUAUUACAGGAUUUAAGUUUAGAAUAACAUGUUGCCGAAAACAACAAUAAAUCUACUGGUUUAAACUUAAAUGCAUGUGAGAAAGAAAACAAUAAAGCAUUAAAGCAAUGCAAUGUCAACAAGAGUCUAUAGAUUCAAAGUGACAGUAAAAGAAAACGCAGUAAGCGUUUAAUUUGUGAUUAUUGUCAGAUGUGUUAUAGGGAUAAGUAUUAUUUAGUUAUACAUAUGAGAAAGCACACUGGUGAAAAACCAUAUUCUUGCACACAUUGUCAAUACAAAUACACUGUGAAAGCUUUUUUGAAUUCGCACAUGAAGACUCACGCGGGAGAGAGAAAUUUCUCGUGUAGUAUUUGUAAACAUAGGUUUAAACACAAGUCGACUUUAGUUUUCCACAUGGGAACACACAGUGCUGAGAGGUUUUAUGCAUGUAAACUGUGCGACUUCAGAGCUAAAAACUAUAGCACUUUGUACUCACAUGAGAGGGUCCACGGCGGUUCCAAAUCUUAUACUUGCGAAGUGUGUCCGUCCAAAUUUAAAACGAAAUCGGAAUUACAGAGGCACAAGAGUACUCAUACUGGCGAGAAACCGUUUUCUUGCGAGCAUUGCCAGUACAAAAGUGCAAGAAUAACCACCCUAAGGAAUCACAUGAGGAUGCACACAGGUGAAAAGCCUUAUUGUUGUAAGAUCUGUCAGUACAAGUUUUCAACUAACAGCGGUCUUUAUUUACAUAUGCAUACUCACACUGGCGAGAAAACUUUUUUGUGUCAGCAUUGUCACAUGAAAUUCGCGCGGAAAAGCGCCCUGAGAAAACACCUGCGAACGCACAGCGGUGAGAAACCAAAUUCUUGUAGUUAUUGUGACUUUAGAUGUGUGACGACUACUUCGUUGAAAAUCCAUAUGAGAAUACACACCGGUGAGAAACCAUACUCUUGUAAGGAUUGCGACUAUAAAUGCUCGAACGGCUCUUCGCUAAGAUCUCAUGUUAGGACACACACUGGUGAAAAAGCCUAUUCUUGUAAGUAUUGUGAAUUGAAGUUUUCGUCAUCGAGUGGCCAAAAGAAACAUAUGCGGACCUACACAGGGGAAAAACCUCACAGUUGUAACGCUUGCCAGUAUAAGAGUACAACAAAGAGCGCUUUACAGGUGCACAUGAGAAAGAUUCAUGGCGGUGAAAAAUCUUUUCGCUGUGAUAUUUGUGACUACGGAAGCACGGAGAAAAGCGGUUUAAAGAACCACAUGAGAACACACACUGGCGAGAAACCUUAUGCAUGCAAGCUUUGCGAAUAUAAAGGCUCCAGCUCUAAAUCAUUGAGAAAAGUCACCUGAGGACGCACACUGGAGAGAAACCGUACCAU